AUGGGUAAUGACGAAGCUUUCACUUGGGUGAUAAAGAAUUUCUCAUCUUUGCAAUCUGAGAAAAUUUAUUCUGAUCCAUUCGUUAUCGGUGGCUGCAGAUGGCGUCUUUUGGCAUAUCCCAAAGGAUUUAAAAAGGAUAAUAAUUUGUCUCUGUAUAUGGUUGUUGUUGAUUAUAAAUCUUUGCCUUCUGGAUGGAGAAGACACGCGAAAGUUUCCUUUACCAUAGUAAAUCAACGUCCGGGAGAAAAUUCAGAACUUAAAGAAACAUCUCACUGGUAUCAUGACAAGGUACUAGCCUGGGGAUUCCAUGAAAUGCUACCCUUAACCGAACUUAAAGCCAAAGAUAGCGGAUUUCUGGUAAACGGCCAUCUCAAAAUUGUUGCGCCUGUAAAUGUUCUUGAAGUUAUUGGCAAAUUAGAUGUAUCAGAGGAAUCUGAAGAGGCAACUCAACCGCUGAAAAAAAUAAAGCUAGAAGAUGAUAGUGCAGUGUCUAGUGAUUUACUCAACAAGACUCAAAAACUGAAUGAAAUCAAUGGGUAUACACUUCUUCCAUCACAGAUUAAUUUUUUGAAGCGUUUAUUUGUAAAUCAUCGAGACGUUGCAUCAGAGUUGCUUAAGAAGAACCCGCAUGUGAGGACAGGGUACAUGAAUGUCCUACUCAGCUUAACUCAUAAGCUAUGCCGAUCACCCCAAGAACUCUCGAAUGAUGAUCUGACUGAUGUACGCGCUGCAUCGCUGCAAGAAAUGGAAAAAGAGCUUAAGACAUUGAAGCAGAAGUGCUUAGACCUUGAAACUCAGAUGGAUAAGAAGAAGUCAGAGAUUUUGUAG